GGAUCAAUACGGAGCGUUUGGGAGGCAGCAGCAGCUGCCCCUUGAAGUCGAUCAGAAAUCAAUCUGGAAGCAACGCCUCCGCAGCACCGUCGACGUCGAGUGGCCCUUUCUGCUGCAUACUUCAUCCUUUCUUAUUGCCUCUUGGUGGUACUUGACAAAAGCAAUGGCCACGAGACUUAAAUUGCUUGGGAACGCUGGAGGGAGAAUGGCUAACAUGUUAGGAAUCAAAAGGUGGAUGCAUUCCAACCUUCAUCCUGCACCUUUAUCGGGGAGCAUUUUCUACGGGGCUACAUCACGCCGUUUCGCUUUGCCUGAGUUUAGCUUUCCCAGCUUCUCUUUUGGGGACUCUAUGGAGCUCAUGGCUGUCCCAAAAAAGAAGGUCUCUCGCCAUAAAAGAGGAAUAAGAAAUGGACCAAAAGCUUUGAAACCUAUCCCUGUGAUAGUCCGAUGCAGAAGUUGUGGCCGUGUGAAGCUUCCGCACUUCUUCUGUUGCAGUGGCGAUAGAAGUAAUACAGGUGAGCAAAGUGGAUCGACCAGCUAGUCACGGUGUCUACAUCUGAAGCAAGUGUUACUCUAGCCAAAGCGAUUACAUGUUGACUUUCCUCUUGAUCGUUAGCUGUUCGGGGGAUUUGUAGCGUUGUGUUUGUUUUAUUUUAUUUCAUUUAUUAACAUGACCGUGGUUUUCAUCCUUUGGAAGCGGUGAACGGAAAGAGUUCUAGAAUUUUCGAGUUUGUGUCUUGCUUGCGUUGAUAUUUCUAAUAAUACAGUCAAGGCAAAAGGUUAGCUAUUUCUUGUUGAAA